GAAGGGUUUCUGAAGCCUGGGCGGGAAAUCUCCUGGCGCGUCUAAUUGGCUCGUCCAUGAUGAGUGACUUCUGGUUUCCAAUCCAAGAUGGCUGCGUCCAUGGCACGGCUCUUGUGGCCUUUCCUGGCCCGCCAGGGGCUCCGGUCCCGAGGACGCAGCGUGUGCAACCAGAACCCAAGGAGGAAUUUCGCUACAGAGAAACGAGUUCGGAACCUCCUGUACGAACACGCACGAGAGGGCUACAGCGAGCUUCCUUACGUGGACAUGGAGUCGGUGUGCGCAUGCCCAGAAAAAGCCGCGCGCUCCCUGGAGCUCCGCAAGGGGGAGCUGCGGCCGGCCGACCUGCCUGUGAUUAUCUCCACGUGGCAGGAGUUGAGGCAGCUUCGGGAGCAGAUCCGGAGCCUGGAGGCAGAGAAGGAGGCUGUGGCAGAGGCAGUGCGGGCCCUGCUGGUAAACCAAGGCAGUGACCAAGUGCAGAAGGACCCCCAGUAUCAGGGCCUGCGGGCCCGCGGCCGGGAAAUCCGGAAGCAGCUCACACCCUUGUACCCCAGAGAGACCCAGCUGGAGGAGCAUUUCUACCAGCAGGCACUGCGGUUGCCCAACCAGACCCACCCAGACACGCCUGUUGGGGAUGAGAGCCAGGCAAGAGUGCUCCGUGUGGUAGGCGAAAAGCCGGCAUUCUCCUUCCAACCCCGAGGCCACCUGGAAAUUGGCGAGAAACUGGACAUCAUCCGGCAGAAGCGCCUGUCUCAUGUGUCUGGCCACCGGUCCUAUUACCUGCGUGGGGCUGGAGCCCUCUUACAGCACGGCCUGGUCAACUUCACCCUCAGCAAGCUUGUCAGCAGGGGCUUCACCCCCAUGACGGUUCCAGACCUUCUGAGAGGAGCUGUGUUUGAAGGCUGUGGAAUGACACCAAAUGCCAACCCAUCCCAGAUUUACAAUAUUGACCCCUCCCGCUUCGAAGACCUCAACCUGGCUGGGACGGCAGAGGUGGGCUUGGCAGGAUACUUCAUGGACCACUCUGUAGCUUUCAGGGACCUUCCAGUCAGGAUGGUUUGUGCCAGUACUUGCUACCGGGCAGAGACAGACACCGGAAAGGAGCCUUGGGGGCUAUACCGAGUCCAUCACUUCGCUAAGGUGGAGAUGUUUGGGGUGACAGGCCCUGGGCUGGAGCAGAGCUCGAAGCUGUUGGAUGAGUUCCUGUCCUUGCAGGUGGAGAUCUUGACGGAGCUGGGCUUGCAUUUCCGGGUACUGGACAUGCCCACCCAGGAACUGGGCCUUCCUGCUUAUCGCAAGUUCGACAUUGAGGCCUGGAUGCCCGGCCGAGGCCGCUAUGGUGAGGUCACCAGCGCCUCCAACUGCACAGACUUCCAGAGCCGCCGUCUAUAUAUCAUGUUUGAGACAGAGACCGGGGAGCUGCAGUUCGCACACACGGUGAAUGCCACGGCCUGUGCUGUCCCACGAGUCCUCAUUGCCCUCCUGGAGAACAAUCAGCAAAAGGAUGGUUCAGUCCUUGUGCCAGCCGCUCUCCAGCCCUACCUAGGCACUGAUCGGAUCACAGCCCCUACCCACGUGCCUCUCCAGUACAUCGGCCCCAAUCAGCCUCAGAAGCCCAGGCUCCCCGGCCAGUCUGCCGCCAGAUGACAGCCGUCUGCUCCAGAGGCUGGUGUUCUAGAGGCCCCCGGUACUUAGUCUUUCCCCUGCAGCUGGUCCUGAUGUCUCUGUACUUGUCACCUCCCCUCCUGGACGCCUGAGUCUACCUCUGUCCCUUCCCUGCCGGUGACCCCUGUUAUCCCUGGGGCUGUGUCAUCCUGUGGCAGGAAGAAGGCCAUCCCAGCUUCCUCAUCACACCUCAGUGCUGAGCAGAAUGCCCACAAUAAAUGGUCAUGAGAACAGA